CUGAACACCCCUGAAUCCUAAUGUAUCGAUUUUCCGUCAAUUUUGUUUUUGGGUUUUUUGUUAUUAUUCAUCGAAUUUUUGUUAACAUUCAAAUUUGAAAGCUGUGCAGUUAUCCAAAAAAAAGCGAACAUGACAUCAUCGUGAGAUACGGCAGUGCCAUUUAUUUUCGCGAUAGAAAAAGAAACUCGAACGGUCCACGGAACAAAAACAACGGUAUUUGUGCGGUAUUUUCCGGUACGUCACUCUUUCUAUUGGAUGUUCCCCCCAUCAGAUCGCAUCGUUGCGUAGCUAGGUCAGUGGUACAGAAGCAGAUCACAAUCCGAAAUCCUUAACUUCCGGCUGCCGAAUGAAAACCUAAAUGGCGACAAGCACAAACGGCAACAUCAGCAACAGUAACGACGAAGACGUAAGCGGCGAGACUAUCGUCAACUAUCACGAUAUUUACGUUCAACAGUAGCAACGACAGCGAACUAGAUAGGAUAGAACCAAUGAGUACAAAUACGUCAGCUCCACCGUCCUACAACCAACUUCCAACAGUAGUAGCAAUCAAUAGUAGUAGCGGUAGAGAUUUAACGACUACAGGUCGCAUUGGCACCAGUAAUGUGAUCCUAAUCCAUGGCAGUAACGCGGGUGGAAACCGCCGAGGAGAUCCGCCUACCUAUGAGGAAGCCAUCAAUCCUGAUGCCCCACCUCCAACCUACGACUCACUAUUCGGGCGAGUUCGUGAAGCGCACAAAUCAUCUACCGGAAUGAUGGAUUUCUUGAAGAAUGUUGUGAUAUUACUACUAGGGACUUUGGGUUGCACAAUCAUUCUUGGCAUCACAAUCGUCAUUCCGGUGUGCAUGAUCGUAUUCGGUGCGAUAUAUCUGUACGACUGUCCCCAAAACGAAUACAUUCCGGUAUUUUUGCUAGUCGGUGGUGGGUUCAGUGUACUCAAGCAAUUGCUGCAUCUAUCGACGCGGAUUCGUAAUCGAGAAGAUCAAGAACUGGAACGAUUGAGGCAAUCGCCAACGCAGACCCUCAUUAACUGCUUUAUGCUCGGAUGGUUUAUUAUCGGAUCUUUUUGGAUCUAUAGAAUUUACGAACCAAACUACGAUCCGGCCUUGGGCAAAUAUUGUAAUAAGUCACUCUAUUUGUUUACGUUUUGGUUAAUUACUUCCGUUUACAUGACGCUAGGCGUUAUCACCAUUGUUCUGUGUGGAGUGAGCAUCAUUAGCAUUGCCAUUCACAGACGGACAUAACAGUUGAAUGUGCUGUUUGAAGUUUGAACUGGAACUUUCAGGAUUAGUAUUGUACUAUAUGAACAGGAUGAGCGCCAGUCGCGGAUAGGUCUAUAGCUGUAUGUGUGAGAUGUUGGGGUUUGAUUUUGUGCGGCUGUUGUAUGUGUGUAUGAAUAAAUGCUUUGAUCUGAUUUAAAGCUGUAGAAAAAACGGCACAACUUAUUGCUAUAAAGCAAAAUUUAUAAUGGUAAAACGAUACCAAAUAUUAAUCCAGAUACAGAGAAUUGUAUCGUUACUUUUCACUUUUACGAAAAGCUAAAAUCGUUUGGCUACAAUGUGCCAUAUUUAAAUACCUACUGUACGACUUUUUCGAUUAGAAAUUUUCUAUCAAUUCUCCGACCAAAAGCUUCUCAAGAAAGCUCUCUGAUGUAAGAAUACAAAUUUUUCUAUGCGAGCGAUGGUUUUUGACUUAUCUUUAAGCUUAAACUUGAUCACGUCAUGCUUUAAUCGUAAAUCCAGUAUAGGUAGGUCAUGUACUAUAAUAGUUGACGAUGUAAUUUAAUCAGUUAUUUAC